AUGUUAAAGCCUUCGCUAAGGGUGGUAAAUCUACCAUACUGCCGUUUUUCUACAAAGACGUGCAAGCAACACAGGCUCCUGGGGAUACCUAAAGCUGUGAUACCCCAAGAACUACCUGUCCUGCCGGAGAUGCUCACCACCUUGACCAAAUCGCCAUGGAUCAGCACCAUAUCGAAAAACUGCCACGUAAGAAUAACGCCCCUCGCAGAUCGCCUACUCUUUAGUCCUAUGAAGGAUGAAUCCGCAGCUACUAUUACUCACGCAGUGUCCGAGGUAGAGAAGAUAAUCCAGUCUGUAACAAACCACAGGCAAGAGGUUUCCAUCCCUCUGGAAUAUCUUAGACUCGUCUUCAGAAACAUUAGAACGGUUUUCUCUAACACCCCAGAUAUCAGCAUUCAGGCAGGGGCUCUGUGCAACGCCAGUAAUACAACUGAACUUGUGGUAUCCCACCCCGACUCCAUCCAAGUCAGCCGGGCCAUCGUGAAACUACUGGCUUUUAUAGCAAAAUUGAGCCAAAACACAAUGACAACUAGUCCAAUACCGGCGGUUAUAGGUCACACGGUUCUCUCGCCAAAUAGCUCUGCAAUUAGAAGGCUUAGCGACAACCGGAUUUUGGUUCACUUCAACGACGCUCCUGGUCUGUGCCUGUAUACCCUCACUAGCUACGAGUACGGUAUCGUAUCCGCAAAGUUCUUAGAGCUUUCGAGUCUUAUCGAAAGAUAUACCAUCCACUCAGCAGAGAUUGAAAUAGACGAUUCCGCAUACAAGUCGCUUCAGAAACGAUCCGUCUUCUCGCGCUUGGAAUCGGAAUUCAAAGUCACGCUAAGAGGCGAUGGACUGCCUCACACCAGAAUGCUGAUUGUGCACAUUGUUGGUGAUAAAGAAGGGAUUUCUGAGACAGUUAGCCAGAGAAUCAAGGAUUUGAGCACUCUGAUGGAGAUUAUCAGUCCAAGAAUACCCCUCCCUUCUAUCAACGUAGCAAGGGCGCUAUCUGGGUUCUAUGGUUAUCGCUUAUCUGACAUCAUGAAUGACACGGGAACCUGCAUCACGCUUUGCCAGAAACCGACCACUUGUCUAAGGGAAACCUCCGAGCAGCCAUUCAGCCUGAGCGAGAUUUUGGUCACAGGCAAUAGCAUCGAACGCAUCGAGAAGGCAAGCUCCCUCAUCUCUCAGCUCAUCACUGCCUUGGCUUUGAAUGGCAAAACUAUUCAACUACAGUUACCCAUUGUGCACAAGUUAGUCGGGCCAGGAGGGGCACACAUUAACAACAUGCAAAUACAGACAAACACCAGUGUCCAGCUUCUGCAUGUGAUUUCCCACCAAAACGAGACAGAGGCUUAUAUCACGGGUGAGUCCCCCGAAAACGUUGCUGAUUGUAUUCUCUUAAUUAACCACCAACUAUCCAACUUGACCGCGUAUUCUCAGGAAUUUCCUAUCCCUGAGGGGUUUGCAUGGUGGCUCAGAAAGGCUGAAAACGCACACAUUUUGCAGACCAAUAGAGAUGAGAACGAUUCAAUUGUUUUCGUCGAUAAGAAUCUCGCCAAACGGAUAAAGAACAGGCAUCGAUUGUUAAUCCAAGCCCCUACUAAAGCCCAGUUUGACAAUUCAUACGCCCAAGUUAACAGAUACUUGAAAAGGUUUUAUGAUAACACCAGAUCAAUCAGCGUAGACCGGGAGCUUUUCCAGAAGUGCUUCCCCAUGAAGACUAGGGUUCAAAAGGACGAAUUUAGGGCGAUUGUGAGGGACACUGCCACCAGCAUCACUAUCAUCAAAGAAAAAAAUGCCAACGACUUGGUGCUUAAAUUCGAUAGCAUCGACAAAGCUGGUAUACAUGAGGCAAUCUCCAAGAUUGAGUUUAAACUAGACGUGGGCAAGAUUACCAUGGACAAUGAUGCUUCACGCUAG